AUGAAGAGGAUCUAUAAGUGGGGAGUGCCAGGCGCCAUAGUCGCAGUUCUCAUCAUUGUUGGUGUUGUUUUGGCAAUUGUACUGACUGGCAAGAAGGAGCAAGAAGAAGUACCGGUUAUGUAUUUUGCCAUACAUCUCGGGGAUGCGUGGAUGUCAAGGAUGCCAGCAUUAUCUCAAAAGGACUGCAGUCUUGCUAUAGUGCGUUUGAGAUAG